GUCACCUCCGACUUCUCAUUCAAAGGGGUACUUUGGGCGGCAGGUGGAGUUAUAAUUAUAGAUGAGGAAAAAGCUACAUCAGCAGCUGUUGCUUCUGUUUGUUCCCGGCUAUAACUGUCAUCAGUGGGCAAAUUGGCAUAAACAGGCCUCCACAAGUGGAAAAACAUUUAACUCCUGUACUUGUCACCCUCUGGGUCUUCUCGGUGGCCAGGGAAGGAAAGAAAAUCUGACUGUGCGUGAGUGAAGAGCGGAGCCGAACGCAACACCGACCCGAAGGCACCUCUUCAGGGGGAGCCUGAAAUUGGAAGAGUUUCUUUCCCGUCGGAGACUUGAAACCAAAGAAAUAGGUUAGUGCACAGAGAGUAUAUCUAUGCAUUUUAAUUCUGAUCUCUACUCUGUCUGAUCUUAAUUUUUCUGAUAGCCGAAAUAGAAGGGUGGAUGGUUAAACGAAAAAAAAGUGGAGGACUGUUAUUUAAAAUGAUGCUGCCCACGAGAACAAAUUAUAAAAUGUGGUUAAUUUAUUAGGCUCCUCUCUCCUAGUUUUGACUGUACUCACAUUACACAGAUAGACAAGGUAAAAUGGAAAAAUGAAACUGGCUGUGGCAUGAUUCCCAUCCUCUCGUAAUGCCACUUACUUACGCCAAAAGUCCUGGUUUCUUUACCAAAAUCAGUGAUGCUGAAGGCUUAAGUUUGUGAAUAUAGUGCCAGAGUUUUAUUUCUUUAGGGAAACUAGGCAAAUUAGAAUUGGAUUGUUUUCCCACCUCUGAAGAAAGACAGAACAUCUUCCCGUUUAGAUAAAAUGUGGGUUGCAGGCUACUUUAUAUGAGAAAUCUGCCCACUUCUACCUCAGACCUCCAUAAUUUCCAUCUAAGUAGCUCUGGAAGACUCCCCUCAGAGAUUCUUUUGAAACAAGAAAGAUUUCCGAGAAAUUUCAUUUUCUCUGUAUAUGCUCCAUGUUAGAAAGUGGUGGUGCAGGAUUUUCAAACAAAGAUUAGUUCGGGGCCGUCUCAGAACCUGAAUGUUUGAUGUCUUGUUGAAAAGCAAUGAAUGCCAGAGAACUCACUGAAACGAGGCAUAGGGGUCCAAUUCUCAUUCUACUCGUAUCUGUGGAACAGAUCCACGUGGAGAGAGCCCUAAAUAAUGGCCUUAUUUUGGUCGGCUCCAAACAGAAAGUGAACCUCCCUAAGCCUUUUACGCAUGACUUCCAAAGGGAAGUGCACCUUCUGUAUACUAUCCCUGUGGCCCUGCCUUUUGAAAUGUACAGUGUCAACCGUGCACUUGCAGCUCCGCUAGAGAGAUACCCACAUCCAACUAAAACCACCAAAAGUGACCCAUCAAUUAAAUUCUCUUAAGAGUCUUGCUUCUUUUCAACAAUAUCUCCUGAGUUCUCAGAAGAGAGCCAUUAAGUUCCCCUUAUGAAAUUUAAGGGUGAAAUAAACACUUCUUUACGUACUGUAGCAGAUAAAGACCCAAACAGUAAGUAUGGCCAGUGCCUUUGAAAAUAUCAAUUAAUAUAGCGUAUCAGUACCCUGAAUCUUCCCAUGGGUUAAGAAAAUAACAUGACGGGUGAUUCUACAACAUAUUUCAUAUAUCAUAUUCAUUCGUUCAUUCAAAUAUUACUAAGUCAUGACUAUAAAACCUGAAAAUAAUAUUUAUAAAUUAAGCCGGGUUCUAAUAAUACUCUUUCCAGAGACUACUCUCCUCCCCUUUUCUACUAAAAGAUUUAACAUGGAGACGUUGGUUAUCUCCAAAUUCCAAAUGGUUUAAACAGAGAAAGGCAAAAUGGGGAGAUGGUUGACUGGUGACCGGCUUGGGUUUCUUUGAGACACAGAUUUAUGCUCCAUCUUAAGCACUGCUUUUUACUUGUGUUUUGUCUUCUUGCUCUUCUAGAAAAAAAUAGAAAAGCUAUCCGAGAUGACUGUCACGUACUCCAGUAAAGUAGCAAAUGCGACUUUUUUUGGAUUUCAUAGGUUACUCCUCAAGUGGAGAGGCAGCAUCUACAAACUACUGUACAGGGAAUUUAUUGUCUUUGCUGUUUUUUACACGGCAAUAAGUUUGGUGUACAGAUUGUUACUUACAGGAGCCCAAAAACGUUACUUUGAAAAAUUAUCAAUUUACUGUGACAGAUAUGCUGAACAAAUUCCAGUAACCUUUGUGCUUGGGUUUUAUGUUACUCUGGUAGUGAACCGAUGGUGGAACCAGUUUGUGAACCUGCCCUGGCCAGACAGGCUGAUGUUCCUCAUCUCCAGCAGUGUUCACGGAAGCGACGAACACGGGCGCCUGCUCAGAAGGACCCUGAUGCGCUAUGUGAAUCUCACGUCCCUGCUCAUCUUCCGCUCUGUGAGCACGGCUGUGUACAAAAGAUUCCCUACGAUGGACCAUGUGGUUGAAGCAGGUUUUAUGACGGCAGAUGAAAGAAAAUUAUUUGACCACCUCAAAUCUCCUCAUCUGAAAUAUUGGGUUCCAUUCAUCUGGUUUGGAAAUCUUGCAGCUAAAGCCCGGAAGGAAGGUAGAAUCAGAGACAGUGUUGAUCUGCAAUCACUGAUGACUGAAAUGAACAGAUACCGCUCUUGGUGCAGCCUCUUAUUUGGUUAUGACUGGGUUGGGAUUCCGCUGGUUUACACCCAGGUUGUCACUCUGGCUGUCUACACCUUCUUCUUUGCCUGCCUGAUUGGACGCCAGUUUUUGGAUCCCACCAAAGGCUACGUGGGGCAUGACUUAGAUCUUUACAUUCCAAUCUUCACUCUCCUACAGUUCUUCUUCUAUGCAGGAUGGCUCAAGGUAGCUGAGCAGCUUAUCAACCCUUUUGGAGAAGAUGAUGAUGAUUUCGAAACCAACUGGUGCAUUGACAGAAAUCUGCAGGUCUCUCUUUUAGCUGUGGAUGAAAUGCACAUGAGCUUACCCAAGAUGAAGAAGGACAUUUACUGGGAUGAUUCUGCUGCUCGACCACCUUAUACACUGGCAGCCGCUGACUACUGCAUACCCUCCUUUCUGGGGUCAACAGUCGAAAUGGGACUGUCCGGGUCGGAUCUCCCUGGUGAGGAGUGGCUGUGGAGUUUCGAGAAGCACGGCCAGCGCCAUUCCAUGAUUAGAAGAGUCAAGAGGUUCCUGAGUGCCCAUGAACACCCCGCCAGCCCCAGGAGGAGAAGCUAUGGCAGGCAGGCCAGCGACAGCUCCAUGUUCUUCCCCCCAAGUGGCGACGUCAGCCCAGCCAGAGAUCUGCUGGAUGUGCCCUCGAGAAGCCCCCACCGUGCCUCACCCGCCCAAAGGCAACCCUGCUCCCCAGAGGGGAACCCCAAGGCGUACUCCAGCCUGGGGGAGCUGUCCACGAUCAGGGAGACCAGCCGGACAAGCACUUUGCAGAGCCUGACUCCACAGUCGAGCGUGAGGGUCUCCCCCACCAAAAUGCCGCAGGUCCCCGAGGUACUGAUCACAGUGACCGAGGCACCAGUGCCCACAUCACGUGACUCCACUGCCUCCAUCCAGAGCGCAGAGUUUACCGGGGUUGAGCCAAGCAGGACUGGACAGCAGGAGGUGCCUGUGGGAUUGAUUGCAUUCCCCUCAGAGAAAGGGACACCUCCUAGGGACCCCAGUCCUCAGACUAGUUCAGCCAAAGAUGAGAGAAACAUCCUCACGUUAGCCUCUGGGGAAGACCCUAAUGAUAAUGACAAGUUCCCCAAACGGUGGAGCCUCCCCGGUUUCCUGGCAUCCAGCCACGCCUCCCUGACAGGCCUAAGUCCAGAUCCCAUCAGUUCUGAGCCCGUUCUUUCACUUGACACAGAAACAUCCUCAGAGACCAGUGGAAUCAACAUUGUGGCUGGCUCGCGAGCCUCUCCUGAUGUGCUAUACUUACUGGAAAACCUGGACACCAAGGAAACAGACAUCGUAGAUUUUAAUAAUGAGAAAGCUGAGGCAUCACCCAACGGAAUACCAGAAAGGUCUAGGACCUGGUUCUAGCCUAGAUUCUUACUUUCCCAGAAGUUCAGCAUUAGUUCCAGAACAUACCUAAGGACUGGUCAACUUUUUAAAAAGCCAUCACACUGUAUAAGCUACUUUUUAAACUGAAGGGCAUUAUGAUCCUGAGUGUCUGAGAACUGAGAAAAUCAAACACAUUCACAUCAUCCAUUACAAGGUGACUUUCAUAAAAGUUACACAGACCACAGUGACAUAUCUUAACCAAAUAAGGAAUCUUAAAAAA